UUUGGAAAAAGAAAAUAAUCCUUAUCGUAAAAAAACAAAAAACAAAAAAAAAAACGAAAUAUAAACAAAUCAGCCCUUUGACUGAUUCUUGGGCGGAGCAUAGUAUUUGUCGAAAUAAUCAAAUGUUUAUUGUAUUUUUUAUAGGGCUGAUUCGGACAGGACUAGUAUUGUAAUUUGUUUAAAUUUAAUUCGAACGGUCAACCACGAAAUAGAAAUAAAAAAUGGUUUUGGUAUCGGUGCUUCGACAAACGGCUGCCAAACGGAUUCCAUUGAUAAAAUUUCGACGUCAACGUGAAGAAGAAGCGUUGGCUGCACGUAGUGGAACGUUGAGUAUUGAUGGAUUGAAGAAAUCGGCAUCAUCAGCUGCGGCAAUUAGCUUACCAACAAUUGAAGAUUGGCAAUUGCCAAACCGGUAUCGUAGAAAACCAUUAGACGCAGUAGAAAUCGAGUACAUCAAUCGUGGCGGUCCAGCUUAGAUCGUAAUCGUUAAUCGUUGCCAGAAUAUAGAUAAAAAAUGUAUCCCAAACAAAGUCGACUAAAUCGAAUGCAUAUUUAAUGAAACGUCAACCACACAUAAAAUCAUAUGAAAAAAAAUACUUACCAUUUAAUGAAUAAAAAUCUAUCUUGUUAGUUAA